UAAAAUCUGUUACCAAUAGAUUUCACCUUUAUCGUUUUAACUGUCUUGCAAACUUGGUCCUACCCAUUAUAUUUUAUUUGAAUGUGUAUGUUUUUCCUGUUUGAUGGAAGACAUUGGAGGCCUUGGGCUACCUUUUGGCAAAUUUAAAUUAGUGUUGUGCCAUGUGCUUCCCUGCUAUUAAAUUCUUUGCGGAUUUCCCGCCCUCCCUUCUAUACUCUGUCUUUGCAUUGUAUAUUAGGUAGAUUUUGCUUGAUUUCUUUUUAUCUAUUCAGGGGUGGAUCUUGUGGCAUAAGUUGAGCUACUUCUUUGCCAUAGUUGUUCCCCUCAAGCUGCUUAAAACUCACAUUUUUCCCGUUGGAGCUUACUUUUCAUUUUUUGUUGAACUCCAUGCUUACUAACUGUUGGCUGAUGGAGGAUUUCCAAGAAGAUAUUCUUGUCAUCAAAGAUGUGAUCCUCUAAGAUGAGAAGAUAUUCUUCAUAUCAAGAUAUGAUCCUCUAAGAUCUUAGUAUAAUUGUGGUAAUCUAGAAUAUCAUAUCUCUGAUUCUUUCUCUUAAUGUAAAGAUUUAGGUGAUUCUAUUCCACAAUCUUUUAUGUAUAUAUAAAGCCAUGUACAUGACAUAGAAAAAUAUGAAUGAAAUUAUUCAAUAAUCUUAUUCCACAAUUGGAUAUGGAGACGACGGAGAUGCAAGGUGUUACCUAAUUAUGCAGUACUAUUCUGGUGGUAGUCUUAGGGAUAUACUUAAUGACCUGACAUAUGAUUGUGCAUUAAACACUCUAAUUGAUGUGUUUGACGGGCUGCAUCUAAUACAUACCCAUUUUGAACACGGUCGGAUAGUUCAUGCUAAUUUGAACCCGAAAAAUAUAGUGCUUGAUGAGGAGUGGAGAGCAGCACUUUGUGAUUUCAGCCUCACUCAUGAGGUUUCUAAAGACGAGGCAAUUUGCCAUAGCAACUACGUUGAAAGAGAAGCAAAAGGUAGGACAGAGGCAACCCAUGACAAACAAGCAGCAGAGAUAUAUGCAUUGGGAAUAAUCAUGAUUGAAGUUUUAACCAAGGAACCAAUUGGUGCACAGGAACUUGAAAAAACAGUUAGAAGGAAAAUGCAACACAAGGAGUCCAUCCGAGCGAUGAUGGUAGAGCCAAUGAAUUGCUUGACUUGACUCUCUGGUGCAUUAGUAGUGGAAGGAUAGAUCGGCCUCGAGCUUAUGAAGUCUCACACAACCUAAGACGAAUCCGAGACUCAAGUGUGUACAUGAGAAUGGCUAAAGCUGGCGAUUUACAAUCUGCUGAUCCACUAAGCCUUUUCAUGUACUGUUAUUUGAAAUAUUCUAGGACAUCUUUCCACACCAAAUACACUUCGGGAGUUCCAUGCUUGGAAAUUCUGCGAAAGUUUCGCCUAAUGGAUCAACAUCGUUUAGUUGAACAACUGAAGGAUUUGGUAGCCCGUGAUAUUGACCAAACAGCUCGUCAACACAGCAAAUUUGAAUCAUUUAAAAAGGAUGUGAUGCAUCUCUUGGAGGAACUCGAACUCAGUAUGUUAUAUUAUCUGUAUAAGAGAUGUCCAUCAUUUGAUUGGGCAAGUGAAAGAUUUGAAAAUCUGAAGGAGGGUCUUAAUCUAAUUGAUAUAACAGAG